AUGGUGCGGUCCGCAGAAGUGAAGAAUUACAGAGCCAUGUUCCAGUCCAAGUUCAAGUAUGCGGCCGCACUCAGAAUUGUGCGGUCCGAACAAUCAAGUGAAGUGCAGCUGCAUCCCACUUUUAUGCGACCGCAGAAGGACCAGUUGACCAGUCAAGCUCUGAGUGCGGACCGCACACAGAAUUGUACGAAAAUGGCUCUCAACAAAGAGCCCAUUUGGAAUUUGCCAACGGGGGAGAACGUGGAUGAUGACCAAGUUGAUGAGGAGCUACAUGAUCAUGGGCAAGCUAUUUCCCAGUUGACAACUACAAUGAACCAGUUGGCCAAAGCUCUGCUUCAACAAGUUCAAGGUCCGAUACAAGUGAAUGCGAUGGAAGGUGUGAAUAUGAUGAUAAACAAGAGACGGCAACAUGGUCAACAAAUGCAAAGCCGUCCAAAACAAUUCAUGAAAGAUGAUAGUGGUUAUGAUAAAGGUGAUUCAUUUAAUGAGCAAGAAGAAAAAGUGCAGUAUGUCAAUAAUUAUCAAGGCCAAAGAAACAAUGCUCAAGGAAAAACUCAACAACAAUGGCUGUCACAAGGAAAUCAAGAAAAUUGGAACAACCAAGGCCACCAAGGCAAUUGGAGUGGCGGUAACAAUGAGCAAGGAAAUUGGAAUAAUAAAGGUAAUCAAGGCAAUUGGGGAGGUAAUCAUCAAGGCACUUGGGGUGGCAAUAGCCAAGGAGGGUGGAACAACAAUAACAAUCGGGGGUAG